CAAGUUUAAAGUUUUAGCUCUAAUACGAUCGGAUGUGAAUUGUGCAGUGUUAUAUAUGUUUAAUGUACUUCAGGUUUUUAAAUGUGUAGAAAAGUAAAGUCAUGGCAGACACAUGUAACAUCCCUAUCGUGUUUUCCACUGAAGAACCCAUGAUAAGAUGGGCGGACGUUGAGGACGAGGUGGUGGAUGACGAAGUUACGGCGAGUAUUUCCAGUGAGGAGGAUUCCGGAUCGGAGUGUGAUGGAAAACAUCGGAUGAGAAAGAAACAUUCUCAGGAUAUUUGGGACGAGAGUGAAAUUUGGAAACAAUUACAGAACUUGCCCAAUUCAGAUGAAAUUAAAACUUUAAUAAUCAACGACUCCCCUGAAGUGUUAAAAAAAGAAGCACCAACUGUCUUACUAUUAGCAGCUUGGCUGGGGAAGCCACACACAUUGAAAGCUAUUUUGGACACCGGAGUUUCGACUGAAAUAAAAGACGAAGAAGGAAGGACUGCCUGCCAUUUAACAGCACUGAAAGGUCAUUAUGAAUGCCUGAAAAUACUUUUGGAAAAGGGAUGCAACGAAAACGCAUGGGAUAACAAUUAUAAAGCUACCCCCCUGCACUGUGCAGCUUGCAUAGGUAACUUGCAGUGCUUAAAGCUGCUCAUCAACCACGGGGCAAACGUAAACGCAGGCCUGAACAACAGGAGUCCGUUGUAUUAUGCUGUCCAAAGUUUGGAAGUUCAUUGUGUCAAAGAGCUACUUGAAAACGAUGCUGUACCAAAUACCUCGCAGGUGUUCAGCGAGACUCCCCUUCACGUGGCCGCAUCGUUAGGCGCCGCCGAAAUCGUUAAGGAACUCAUCGCCCACGAGGCCGCAGUCAACGUGCAGUGCGGCCAGGAAAAGGUCACCCCCCUCCACCUGGCCGCCGAAGACGGUGAUGCGCAGUGCGUGAAGCUGCUGCUGCAAGGCGGCGCCAACGUGAACGCCGUCAACCAAAAGAACCAAACGCCCCUACACCUGGCUGCUCUUUCGCAAUGUCCGGAAACCAUGGAGCUGCUGAUCAACAAGAACGCCAACACGAACGCGCAGGACAUCGACGGCAGGACCCCGCUGCACAGCUCCAUAGUGAAAGUCUCCAGGUCCUGCGAAUGCGUCAGGUUGUUGCUCAACUCCGGGGCCAACGUUAAUCAGAAGGACUCCUUCGGUUACACGCCUCUCCACCUGGCGGCUCUGAACGAGUACUCGCACUGCGUUAUGUUGCUGAUCAACUUUGGGGGGGACGUGACUAUCAGGACUAAGGGUGGCAUAUCGGUGCUAACGUUUAUAACGAGGAAGACUCCUGAUGUAAUACCGAAGUACAUUUCAAAAUUCGACUCGGCCAUUAAGUUGAACGAUCACGAAAUUGGGGAUGUGGAUUGUGAAUUGAAACUGGAUUUUCGGGUACUGGUUCCAACGAUGGGUAACAAAGAGACCGAAUUGCUUUUGAGCUUCGUAGAAGUUGGCCACAAGGAAGUCCUGAAACACCCACUGUGUGAGACGUUCCUGUUCCUGAAAUGGCACAAAAGGAUAAGGAAGUUUUUCUUGUUCAGUCUGUUCUUCCACUUACUGUUUGUUACACUGUUUUCCUAUUACAUCAUAGAAGUUUAUCUGGCCGACCCAGUAAAGCCCUCCACCAAAAACUACGUCGUCAUAAUGGGUUACGUACUCCUGUUCUUCAAUGUGAUAUUAAUGUGCAAGGAACUGUUUCAACUGGCCCAGUCGUGGCGCAUGUAUGUGAAGCAAUGGGAGAACUGGCUUCAGUGGAUGAUCAUAAUAAGCAUUUUUUGUUGUGUACAACCGAAAAACAAUCUAACUAGAAACAUAAACCAAGAGGUGGAACACUGGCAACAUCACGUGGCUGCAAUUGGAAUAUUUCUGUCUUGGGUCGAGCUGAUGAUGAUAGUCGGAAGGUUUCCCAUUUUUGGGCUUUACGUCCAAAUGUUCACCAAAGUGUCGGUUAACUUCUCCAAAUUCCUCCUAACAUAUUUUUUCUUGUUCAACGCUUUCGCCCUCAGCUUCGGCGUGCUGUUUUCAAAUUACAAGUCGUUUAAGAACUUAAAAUGGGUGCUUAUUAAGGUCUUGAUUAUGAUGUCUGGGGAACUUGAGUAUGAGGAUGUGUUUUAUGAUGAUGAGGCCCCAAUUAAAUAUCCGGGUACGGCACAUCUCAUGUAUCUGGUUUUUGUUCUAUUAAUCACCAUGAUUUUGACCAACUUAAUGGUGGGCUUGGCUGUAAGUGACAUACAAGGAUUGCAACAAAGUGCUGGACUCGAUCGACUUGUUCGUCAAGCCGAAUUGGUGGGACACGUUGAAAGCAUGCUGUUCUCCAAAUUGCUUAAACUCAUUCCACAUAAAAUCAUGUAUUUUCUUCUAAAACAUGCCUUGUUACUCAAGUCACAGUAUCAUUGGGCCUUAUACAUAAAACCCAACGAUCCGAGGGAGGAAAGAAUUCCGAAGGAUUUAAUUAGGAACAUUUACGAAUUGGUGGUUAACAAGAAGGAGAAGCCCAAAAUAAGGAAGAAAAAAAUGACUGGCUCCCUCACAUCUAAUAAUAUUUCUCCUUGUACUUCCAGAAUUAAUUCGGUUUAUAGCUGUGCGGAGAAUGAUAAGCAACAACCAACAUUGAAAGCUCAAAUUGAUAACAUCAGUAUGGAGUUUAUUAUGUUAAAGCAGAAAAUCGACAAAAUUGCGUCGCAGUUGAAGUAAAAUUAUAGUUUUAUGUAUACUAAUUGUUAAUUAUUUAUAAUAUUUAAAUUGUACUUAUGUGAUUUUUGUAUUUAUUAAAGUAGGUAAAAAAGUU